AUGGGGGUGAAGUGGAUGAAGAUGGCGUGUAUGGCCGCUGGUGUGGAGAAUGGCAAGCAGGAGAUUCGGGAACAAGUUGUUACUGGGAAGUUUGUCCCUGGGGAGGCAGUUGCUACCACGGAGCAUACUCAGGCGAUGCACGUAGGUAUCGGGGGUUCGAAACCUGAUACCAUUAUACUUCUAGGUCUUUUACUGGCUAGUUGGGGUGUGAUUAUCCGGUGGAAGUUUGCUUACGUAGCCCAUUCUCCUGAUUCCUUCCAAGCUAGGACCAUUGGCUUGGGCCCUGGGGCUCCCAGGUCAUCCGGUUGCGAUCUUCUUAUUCUUGGUCUUUCUUACUUUGUGCCUUUCCUGUUCCUACAAGUUCUCUGGUGUUUGCGUUCGCAUGAGUGGCUGCUUCUUGGACAGUCAUCCUUCGGAAGACGAUUUUUCAAUCUCUUCCAUUCUUUGGUGCCGGUUGUUUGGUUAGUAUCUUUGGGAGGUUUCGUGUCAUCUGGUGUUGCGUUGUUGUUAUUGAUUUUGUUUUUCGCGGGGUUUUGGACCAGGUGUCGUCCUGGUGAAAGCUUCUGCCAACUGCGGACUCUUACCGUUGCUGGCAGCCUCCUAUUUGUAUCUUCUUUUGCAGGGCGGUUCCCUAUCUUUCCCUCCCCAACUUUUGCGUUCGCUUGGUUUUAUUUUCUGUCAGGCUUCUUCUCCGUACUUUGUGCUUUCACUUCGCGAAGGCGCAUGGGUAUUCUUAGUGAUACCUAA